GUCAACUGUCAUGUAAACAAUUUUUUCGGCCCUAUUGUUAUUUAAUAUUAAUAAUACCUUUACGGCAUAAAAUAACUAUUAGUUUCUAACAAGUGGGAAGUGUAAAUAUAAAACAUUAUGUAAAAUGGCAUAUUCUGCAGAAUACGCUAAAUACGACGAUGUGCUGACUUCUAUUUUGGUGAACGAAAAAUCGAUAUUGGGUUUUUUGUCGACAAUAUUCAAUUUUCUUGCGAGACGAACUGAUUUCUACUAUGUUCCCGAAGAUACUGAAUAUAAAAACAUGGGAUUCCCCCCAGGAGUGGCGGAGGAGCUGGUGCUAAAAGUGUUGCGAAGAUGUGACCCAAAAAACUGGCACCCUAACACUGACACUUCAUCAGAUAUGAACGAGAUUAUGUGCUCUACUGUAGCACAAGAAGUGGAAGUCAUAGCAGAUGAUGACAUGGAUGAAAUUAAUGACACCAUGGAAAGCGCUACCAUACAAGACAAUGAAACAAGUGAUAACAGUAAUAAUCAAAAUAAGAUACAAGAAAACAUUGAAAGUUGUGAGAUUAAGACAAAAGACAAGAGUUCAAUCAUUCCUGAUGAUUAUGAGCCUCCAGUGAUACCAACUCAAAAAAAUAGUGAAUCUUACAAUGGAGCAAUAAGAGAAAAAUACUCUUGGGCACAGACUAUCAUGGACUUAGAUGUAACAGUAAAACUACCACCAGAUAUAAAAUCCUCUAAAGAGCUUAAAGUUACAAUAAAUCCUGGAGACUUGACUGUAGCGUGCCGCAAUGGUGAUAUAAUCAUAAAUGAUGCACUACCAUAUAAAAUAAAGACACUGGAUAGCUUUUGGAGUAUCAGCGAGGGACGAUUGCUGUUACAUUUAGAAAAAGUUCAAGAACGCUGGUGGAAUAAAUUAUUAAAUGCUGAAGAAGAAAUUGACAUUUCCAAAAUUGAUUGUUCACGACCCCUAAAUGAAUUGCCAGAAGAUCAUAUUGCUAAGAUACAUGAGUUGCAAUGGAAUCAAGAACAGAAGUUAAAAGGCCUGCCUACAAGUGACGAAAUUAGGAAUAUAGAAAUACUCAAAAAAGCAUGGAAUGCACCUGGCUCUCCUUUCCAAGGCACCGAAUUUAAUCCAAAUGUACUCAAAAAGUAAUUUUCUUUAUUGAUUAAUAUAAAACCUUAAAGAUUUAUUAUAAUGCAUUUAAAAUUACAAAUAUAAUGUUGAGUGUGUAAUAAUAAUAUCAAUAAAAAAUUAAACAAUGUAUAAUAAAA